UCCCGGGGCGGCCCCGAAUCCAUGACGACGGCGGCGGCGGCGGCGGCGGCGGGGGGACUCGGGCUGCAGCGCCCCGCCGAAACGUUGAACCGGGAACCUCGGGGCCGGGACUUCGGAAGGAGGAGCCCUCCGGAGCGUGGACCUCUGGGAAUGGGCCUUGACCACCUAUGGGCCGCACACCCGUAGGCAUGCGUCUCGCCCCCACGCCGGGCAGCCGGAGCCGGGGCGUCUGGGUCUCGCCCCACCAUGAGGACUGCCAACCGGAGGAGCGUGCCAGCCCCAGGCGCGGCGCCGGCCCAGAACGGCUCUUGUGACAAAGGCCCCCUGAGCUCUCCAUUCCUGAAGAAACCACGCAAAGAAGACGCUGCUGGAGGAGAGGCUCCCCAGGACCCCGAGCCGGCUGCCGCCACCGCCUCCACUGCCGUCCGUAUGAGCCUCACCCUUUUCGAGCCCGAUCACAAACGCUGCCCCGAGUUCUACUACCCGGAGCUGGUGAAGAUCGCCCGGGGCAGAGGGAGAAGCCUGCCGCCCGUAGACAAGCAGAAGAAGGAUCUCUCGGACCCCUUCAACGAUGAGGAAAAGGAAAGGGACAAGGUGGAAGCCCUGGCCAGGAAGUUUGAGGAGAAAUACGGCGGGAAGAGGUGCCGGAAGGACCGCCUCCAGGAUUUGAUCGACAUGGGCUAUGGCUAUGACGAGUCGGACUCCUUCAUCGAUAACUCCGAGGCGUACGAUGAGCUCGUGCCUGCCUCUCUGACCACCAAGUAUGGGGGCUUCUACAUCAACUCGGGCACCCUGCAGUUCCGGCAGGCGUCGGACUCAGAGGACGACUUCGUGAAAGAGAAGAAGAAGAAAUCGCCGAAGAAACGGAAGUUAAAAGAUGGCAGCGAGAAGGUCAAGAAGAAGAGGAAAGAUGAUGGCCACGACAAGGACAAGAAGCCAAAGAAGUCCAAGUUCCCCAAAGCCGGCUUCACGGCCCUGAAUGCCAGCAAGGAGAAAAAGAAGAAGAAGUACUCAGGUGCCCUGAGCGUCAAGGAGAUGCUGAAGAAGUUCCAGAAGGAGAAGGAGGCCCAAAAGCAGAGGGAUGAGGAGCACAAGCCCGCGGCCCCCGUCCUGGCGGAUGCGGACGGGGCACCAGACCCUCUUCUUUCCCUGUUCGGCUCUGCCUCCGACAGCGACCUGCUGCAGGCCUCGGGCGCCGCGGACACCCUGAGCGACAUGGACUUGGAGGGUCUGCUCAGUGAGUCUCCGGGCGGGAGCCCCUUCCGCGCCCACGCCUCCGCCCCUGACCCAGACGGCGACUUACCAGGAAAUGGCGGCGGGGACCUGGAGUUCAAGCCGCCCCCGACCCUUUUCGAGGGGCUCCCGGGCCCACUGGAGAAACGCAUCAAGGAACUGGCACAGCAGGCAUCCAGGACUGCAGAGGGAGAUGGCAAACUGAAGAUGUUCCCACAGGACAUCAAUGGCCACCUGCUGGACAUAGAGGUGCAGGCCCGAGCCCCGUCUGGCCGUGCCCCCGCCGGGGUGUGUGCCCACCUCGCCUCCACCCUGCCCUGUGGCAAGGACUCGCUGGCCAAACGCAGUCGCAAGCUCCACGUCCGUGACCAGCAGGGUGGGCGGCUGGUGGAGCCUCUGCAGAAGCUCAGGGAAGCCAUUGGCCGGGCCAUGCCAGAGCAGGUGGCCAAGUACCAGGAGGAAUGCCAGGCCCAUGCCCAAGCCAAAUUCACUAAGCUGCCCGAAGAGGAGAAAGACAAGGAGUCCAAGGAGCGUGUCUGCUCGGAGGAAGAGGAGGAGGAAGAGGAAGACGAUGAUGAUGAAGAGGCGGGGGACCGACGGGUCUCUGGGCCCCGGAAGAAAUUCCAGUGGAGUGAUGAGAUCAGGGAGCUGCUGUGCCACGUGGUGAAGGCGCGGGUGGAUGGCUCCGAGCUGGAGCAGAGCCCGGCCCGGGCCGGCGAGGACUGGGUCAAGGCCUUCCUGGACACUCACGUCAAGCCCCUGUGGCCCAGGGGAUGGAUGCAGGCCAGGACCCUGUUCAAGGAGAGCAAGCGUGUCCACGGACCACUGACAUCUGCCCUAGCCAAGAAGAAGGUUGUGGCCGUGCCCAAAGUCAAGGUGAAGGAGUCUUCUGGAAAGUCUGACAGGAAGUUCUCAGGCCCGGGAGGGCAGCCGGGCAUCCCCCCGGCUCCGGCCUCCGAGCCCACAGGCGCGAGCACGGGCCCCCCAUCCGGCGCCGCGCCCCCCGGUCCCGUCUUCAGCUUGGACGACGCUUCAGACGUGGCCCGCGGCCCUGCCCCCGCCCUGGAGGUCACGUCCAAGGAGCUGACCGCCCUGAACAGCCGUGCCCGCGGAAGCUCCGACCGGCCCCUCCCCACCAGCGGCUCUGAGGAGAAACGGAGCGGCCCCAAGCCCGGCCAGCCCCCGGCGCCGGUCCCCGCCGCCGGCUCCCUGCAGGCCCCCCUCGGCUUCCUGGUCGAGCGGCCCCCGGGGCUGGCUGUGCCCGACAAGAGGCCCGACAGCAUCGCUCACAAGGACCUCCCGGGCCUGGCCGGCUCCAGUAGGAGCCAACCCCCUGCCCACCAGCCCGCCUCUGCCCACCCGCCCAAACAGAAGCACCAGACUCCGCCGGCGGUGGCCCACGGGCCCCAGGCAGCCGGGCCCGGGCCUUCCCCCCCGCUCAAAGUCUUUCAUCCGAGCGGCCAGCAGCAGAGGAGUUUGGCCACCCCGGGCCCCUUCGCCAGCCGGCUGCAGGGAGCCAAGGCUGCGCCCAUGCCCCUGGCCCAGCGGGCCCUCCUGCAGCCGGCCAAGGCGUCUGCCAGGGGCCAGGCCUUCCAUCCCCCGGUGGUGGCGGUGGCUGGGGUCGGUGCUGCUCCCGGCAGUGCCCACAAGAGUGCCGGCCCCUCGGGGCCCGGCACGAAGCUCGUGGCCGGCUCCCUGGGGCCGCCCUACAAGGCCCCCUUCGGGGCCGGCUCCAAGCACGGGCAGGCCGCGGGUGGCCUGGGCCCUGGAGGAUCGACCGGCCAGGGCUCCUCUUCCGGGGGCCCGCCCCCCUCCAGCCCCGCCGGCCGGCCGGCCCCAAAUCCAGCGGUCAAGAAGCCGCCCGUCUCCCAGAAGCUGACCCUGGUGGCGCCGCCCGGGGGCCCGAAUGGAGAUUCAGGCGGAGGGACACAAGGGGUGGCCAAGCUCCUGACUUCGUCACUGAAGCCCACUGUGACGGGUGAAAGGGGCGGGCGGGGCCGUGCUACUGAGCAACAACUCGUCUCUGAGCGUCCUGUCUCCGUCCUUCAAGCCCGGUGGCCCCAAGCUGUCCGGGGGUCUAGGCCCGACGCCCCUGGGGCUCCUGUCCCCACUGCACCCCUUCCCUCUCCACGUCAUCUCCUUCAGCGCCGACGCCCCCCCCAAAGCUACCGGCCCGUCCAAGGACGCCAUCGUUACGGGCCCUGCCCCGGGCACCUUCCACCACGGCCUCAGCCACGGUCUCCUGGCCAGCUUGCAGCCCAGCCCGCCCAAUGCAGCACCCCUCCCCCACGCCGCCUUGUCGAGCCACACCGGGCAGAGCCUGCCAGACACCCCUGUGCUCCACGGGAAAGGGCCCAGCGCACCCCCACGAAACCUGUGACCCCCACCAGGCCCCGGCCUAACGCAGACCAGACCACGGCGGGUCCACUCUGCCUGCCGGAUGCUCCCGCCCCGCAGCUGAGGGUGGACGGCAGCCCGGGGAGGGUGCGAGGGGAGAGGCGGGCUGUCCCGGCACCACUCCAUCCCUUCUUGCCGGCCUCCAGACCUGGCCAAACCGUGCAGGCUCCCUGCCCGCGUGGCUCCCGGCUGCAGAGAGAGGCUGCCUCCCAGCGCGGGCCCAAUUCUCGGCCCGGUGUCGGCACCAGCUCCGAGCCCGCGGUGCGGGCCCCCACUCCCCAUGACCAGCGGCCACCCCGGGAAGGUGGCAGACCUGUGGAGGAGAGAGAGACUGCUCCGGGCUGGGGGCCGGCUCGGGUCUCGUCACGGCCACCGGCUGCGUCAGAUGGAGCGGGACUCCUCUCCGGGCCACCUGUACAGGAAGUCAGGACCCCAGUGCCUUUUCGCGGUGGACAGAUUUCUACAGCACAUCCUUCCCUGCCAUCCCCGUCCCCGCGCCCGCCCCACGGGGGCAGAGCCACCCAGCUUGCCACCACGGCCGGUGGGCGACUGCCCGGUACCUUCAAAGCUCAGGCCGGGGUCUGGACCCCCAGCCCGUCUUGACCGAAGACUCUACAUCCCGGUGGACGGAGGGAGAGGCACAGGUCAGGCUUCUCACGCUUCAGGCGGGCCACCAACCUCCCCCAGUCUGCGAGGUCAACGUGUCUGUCCACGGGGCCUCGGGUCCUUGGGGCCACGUGGGUCAGUGGAUCCGGUUCUGUAACGCUCCAGGUCUGUGGGUCCGCUGCCCUCGGUCCCACAGGGCUGGGGACCCAUGGUGUCUACGUGCCCAUGGGUUCACGUCUGUGGGUCUCGCUGUCUCUGGGGUCCACGGGCUGGCCCGGCACCCGGACGGGGCCCAUCGAGGAGCACCCGCCACGGCCAGGCGACUUCCAGGGACAUCACCUCCCCGAGCCACUCUGAGAAGGCCACGCGCCUCAUGCCCUCGGGCCGACGGGCGCGAGACCGAUCCCAAGCUGUGGCUGGCGGGGCCGUGGCUCCCCAGCCACCACCGGGAACGUCCGUCUUCGAGGCUGCCGCCCUCCCUGCCCACUCCCCCACCGCCCCCUCGCAUGCCCAGGGACGCCACUCCCGCUCAGUGUCCACCCAGCCAGCUGACCUACCCUCUUCAGCAAGACCCAGGAUGCGCAUUCAGUUCCGAUGAAGCGACUUCUUUGAUCCCUUGGCUGUAUUUAUUAUUGUUAUUUCUACCGCAGCUCAGAUUUCCAAUUGUUUACAGAAAACUAGAUCAUAGCAGAAGAGCCAAAGACGAGAUUUCUAUCGCCGAGCUCACAGCCGAGCUGUCAUAGAGGAUCCCCUUCCAACCCCUCAGCCCUCCGGCAUCCCCACCCCCCGACCCCUAAACCCACACCACGGCGGCUAGAGCGGAGAAGCCGUCGUGUCUGAGACCCAGCGCUGCCUCUCACCUCAGGGAAAUGUUUAUUGGGUGGGGGUCCCAAGGACACCCCAUGUUUACGCUUUAUUGGCAUGGACCGGCCAAGGAAUGAAUGAUGGCCGGACCUAGGGGGAGGGAGGGAGGGAGGGGUCGG